CUCCUCUUCUUCACUCACUGCAAUACAGAGCUCCUGAUUCUGUUGAGACUUUCCAACAGAACUGCAAUCCACACAGCGUGUUAUCCUCCUUGGUUAAAAGCGCUUUACUCAUGGAGCGGAAGACAUGAACUGUCCAGAAAUGCGGGAUCUAGAAUCGAAACCAAUAAAAGGCUCAUAUUUUGGAUUGUAGAUUUUUUGUAUGUUGUUUACAGAGACAGCAGCGUGAGCGCAGUGAAUGGGUGUACAGCAGCUUAGUGGUCCGGCUGAUUAAGACUGCACAUCUUUUUGGGGUCUGCUUGGGACUGAGAAGAUGUAAGGAUCAACAAGCUCUCUCCUCUUGGCUUUGAAACAACCAUGCAGAAAGGAAUUCGACUCAAUGAUGGCCAUGUUACCUACCUGGGUCUUUUGGCGAAAAAGGAUGGCACAAGACGAGGUUAUUUGAGCAAGAAGAGCUCCGACAACACAAAAUGGCAUACCAAGUGGUUCGCUUUGCUGCAGAAUAUGUUGUUUUAUUUUGAGAACGACUCCAGCUCCAGACCCGCGGGAUUGUACCUGUUGGAAGGAUGCGCUUGUGAUAGAGCACCCUCUCCUAAACCUUCUCUGUCAGCCAAGGAAUGUUUAGAGAAGCAGUACUACUUCACUGUUAACUUUAACCACGACAACCAGAAGGCACUGGAGCUGAAGACAGAGGAUGUCAAAGAUUGUGAUGAAUGGGUGGCAGCAAUAACACAUGCAAGCUACAGGAACCUUGCCACGGAGCACGAGUCACUCAUGCAGAAGUACCUCCAUUUGCUGCAGAUUGUAGAGACAGAGAAAACAGUUGCUAAGCAACUACGACAACAGAUAGAAGAUGGGGAAAUAGAGGUAGAACGCCUGAAAGCCGAGAUUGGAGGUUUGCUCAAAGACAACGAGCGCAUUCAGUCUGACCCGACUACUGCACCCAGCGACGAUGACUCUGACAUCAAGAAAAUCAAAAAGGUACAGAGCUUCCUGCGGGGCUGGAUGUGCCGGAGGAAGUGGAAGACAAUCAUCCAGGACUACAUCAGGUCUCCCCACGCCGAGAGCAUGAGGAAGAGGAACCAGGUGGUGUUCAGCAUGCUGGAGGCAGAGGCGGAGUAUGUUCAGCAGCUGCACAUCCUGGUCAACAACUUCCUGCGGCCGCUGCGUAUGGCUGCCAGCUCCAAGAAACCUUCCAUCACCCACGACGACGUCAGCAGCAUAUUCCUGAACAGUGAAACAAUCAUGUUUUUGCACCAGAUAUUUUACCAAGGACUAAAAGCAAGAAUAGCAAGCUGGCCAACGUUAGUACUAGCUGACCUCUUUGACAUCCUGCUGCCCAUGCUGAAUAUUUACCAGGAGUUUGUGAGAAACCACCAGUACAGCCUGCAGAUCCUGGCACACUGCAAGCAGAACCGAGACUUCGACAAGCUGCUCAAGCAAUACGAGGCCAAGCCCGACUGUGAGGAGAGGACUCUGGAAACCUUCCUGACCUACCCCAUGUUUCAGAUCCCCAGGUACAUUCUGACUCUGCAUGAGCUCCUGGCUCACACCCCGCAUGAGCAUGUGGAGAGGAACAGCCUGGAGUACGCCAAGUCUAAACUGGAGGAGCUCUCAAGAAUCAUGCACGACGAAGUGAGCGAGACGGAAAACAUCCGGAAGAACCUGGCCAUCGAGCGAAUGAUCGUGGAAGGGUGCGAGAUCCUCCUCGAUACCAGCCAGACGUUUGUCAGACAAGGUUCUCUCAUCCAAAUACCGAUGAGCGAAAAGGGUAAAAUCACCAGAGGGAGGCUGGGGUCCCUGUCUCUCAAGAAGGAAGGGGAAAGGCAGUGCUUUCUGUUCUCCAAACAUUUAAUCAUCUGUACCAGAGGAUCGGGAGGGAAACUCCACUUAACAAAGAACGGAGUUAUCUCACUCAUUGACUGCACCUUGAUGGAGGAACCAGAGGGCACCGAUGAGGAGUCAAAACCAGACAAAUCAGGACAAGACAUGGAGCACUUGGACUUCAAAAUCGUUGUUGAACCAAAAGACACACAGUCGUUCACUGUCAUCCUGGUAGCGUCCUCACGUCAGGAGAAAUCCGCAUGGACAAGCGACAUCAGCCAGUGCAUAGACAAUAUCCGAUGCAAUGGUUUGAUGAUGAAUGCAUUUGAAGAAAACUCAAAGGUGACCGUUCCACAGAUGAUCAAGUCCGACACCAGUCUGUACUGCGACGACGUUGACAUUCGCUUCAGCAAGAUGAUGAACUCCUGCAAGGUCCUGCAGAUCCGCUAUGCAAGCGUGGAGCGGCUUCUGGAGAGACUGACAGACCUGAGGUUUCUCAGCAUAGACUUUCUCAACACCUUCCUGCAUUCAUACAGGGUGUUCACCACGGCCGAAGUGGUGCUGGACAAGCUCAUCACCAUUUACAAAAAACCCAUCAGUGCAAUACCUGCAAGGUCUCUGGAGCUGUUUUUCGCCAGCAGUCAAAACAAUAAGCUUCUGUAUGGAGAGCCUCCCAAGUCCCCAAGGGCCAGCCGCAAGUUCUCCUCCCCUCCCCCUCUGUCCAUCACCAAGACAUCGUCCCCCAACCGCCGGAGGAAGCUCUCCCUGAACAUCCCCAUCAUCACCGGGGGCAAGGCGCUGGACCUGGCUGCCCUGAGCUGCUCCUCCAAUGGCUAUGCAAGCAUGUACUCUUCCAUGUCCCCAUUCAGCAAGACCAGCUUGGACAUCAACAAGCUGUAUGUGUCCAGCUCUGUCCCCAACAAGAUCCCUGAUGAAGCUGAAACCAAAACGGACAAGCCAGACGAGCCUUCCUGCAAUAAGCAAGAAGUAUCGGUGAGAGAAGAAUCUGAUAAUGACCCAAUCCAGAGUGACGAAGCUGAAACAGAGACGUCACCAACAAAGUCUCCGACAACUCCCAAAAACGUCAAAUGCAAAAACUCUUCAGACUUCUCCUUGUUUUCCUAUAACAAUGGCGUGGUGGUGACAUCCUGCCGAGAGCUCGACAACAAUCGCAGUGCGCUGUCGGCUGCCUCUGCUUUCGCCAUAGCAACAGCGGGGGCCAAUGAAGGCACGCCCACAAAGGAAAAAUACAGGAGGAUGUCACUGGCAAGUACAGGGUACCCCACUGACCAGAGGAACGGGGACAAAGAGUUUGUGAUCAGGAGAGCUGCGACGAACCGAGUCCUGAACGUUCUGCGACACUGGGUCUCCAAACAUGCACAGGACUUUGAAUCCAACGGUGAAUUGAAGUUUAAGGUGAUCAGUUUCCUGGAGGAGGUGAUUCACGACCCCGAGCUUCUGACCCAGGAGAGGAAAGCAGCUGCCAACAUCAUCAGAACGUUAACUCAGGAAGACCCCGGAGACAAUCAAAUAACCCUGGAGGAGAUUGUGCAGAUGGCGGAAGGUGUUCAAUCUGAACCGUUUGAUAACCACUCUGCCCUGGAGAUCGCUGAGCAGCUGACCCUGCUGGACCAUCUCGUUUUCAAGGGGAUCCCAUACGAGGAGUUUUUCGGUCAAGGUUGGAUGAAGCCUGAUAAAAACGAGAGGACUCCCUACAUCAUGAAAACCACCAAACACUUCAAUCAUAUCAGCAACUUGAUAGCCUCAGAGAUUCUGCGGUCGGAAGACGUGAACGUGCGUGUGACGGCGGUGGAGAAGUGGGUGGCCGUGGCUGAUAUCUGCCGCUGUCUGCACAACUACAACGCCGUGCUGGAGAUCACCUCCUCGUUGAACCGCAGCGCCAUCUUCAGGCUGAAGAAAACCUGGCUCAAAGUCUCCAAGCAGACAAAAGCUCUGAUUGACAAGUUACAGAAGCUGGUCUCAUCCGAGGGCAGGUUUAAGAACCUCCGAGAGGCUUUGAAAAAUUGUGAUCCUCCGUGUGUGCCGUACCUGGGCAUGUACCUGACAGACCUGGCCUUCAUCGAGGAGGGGACACCCAACUACACUGAGGACGGGCUGGUCAACUUCUCCAAAAUGAGGAUGAUCUCCCAUAUUAUUAGAGAAAUCAGGCAGUUCCAGCAGACAGCCUACAAAGUUGAACACCAGCCCAAGACAACAGAGUAUUUGCUGGACAGUAGUGCUGUGCUGGAUGAAGAAAGUCUUUAUGAAGCCUCCCUGAGAAUAGAGCCCAAAUUGGCUACCUGAAGGGAGGACGGAUGAUAUCCCCGCAGCUAACGAACUUUACAAAUACUAUAUGAUAUGUACAUAAUCUAUUAUUUGUAUUAGACUGCUUAGACAUAUCCUUCUAGUAGGUGUUUCUGCAAGGAGCUGUGUGCCCUUGUUAUUAGAAGUAAACUAGAAGCCUAACACAAACUUUAAAUGUAUGGGUACAGAGGUUUGGGGGGAAUAAUACACUUAGAAGCUUAUUUGUUCUUUACUAUUGUUUUGUCUGCAUUUAUCAUAUAUUAUCUAGUUGUUUUCUACAAUAAUAAAACCAGGCUACCAGGAAAAAGGAGAACGACGAGCGGUCACUGAGUCCCCAACCUUAUACUGUUAACAGUCCUUCGUGGCUUGGCAUGCAUAAAGGUGUAUUUAAUACUAAACCAUUCUGAGAGGAGGUUUCAAACACUUUUUUAAACGUCUUUAUAUAGAUGAAAUCCAGCACUUCCAGUAAGAUUUGAAGGAGAGCACCAGGUUCAAACACACGGCCCGUUAACUAGGGAGAAUCAGGGAGGAUGUACUCGUACACUGCCCGUUAACUAGGGAGAGUCAGGGAGGAUUUACUCGUACACGGCCCGUUAACUAGGGAGAGUCAGGGAGGAUUUACUCGUACACUGCUCGUUAACUAGGGAGAGUCAGGGAGGAUUUACUCGUACACGGCCCGUUAACUAGGGAGAGUCAGGGAGGAUUUACUCGUACACAGCCCGUUAACUAGGGAGAGUCAGGGAGGAUUUACUCGUACACGGCCCGUUAACUAGGGAGAGUCAGGGAGGAUUUACUCGUACACGGCCCGUUAACUAGGGAGAGUCAGGGAGGAUUUACUCAUUCAUUUCAUUUGCUCCUCACAAACGCUGCAGAAAUGUAAGAUUUUUUUUUUUUUAAAGAAGUAAAAUUGAGAAGUUAUAUGAUGGUUACCCAAAAGAUCAUCCGGAGAGGAGGUCAAGCCAAGACUAUUUAAAGACAUUCACAGCUUGAUGUAAUCAGAUGCAAGCACAGAAUUGCGACAGCAGUAUAUGAACUAUAAUCAUUUCCACCAUGAAGAGAAUCUCACUGAAGAAAAACUAAAUUUUGAUGGUCCCUGGAAUGUUAAAUAAGCUGUAUGUGACCUGACCUGACCUGUACAGCAUGGGGGGUCUAUAAUCAUAUCAUUCAAAUCAACUGCAUUGAUAAUGUAUUACAAAAAGGGGAAAUGACUUUGUGGAGGACAUGUCUAAAGACGCAGCAUUUCUUGUUUUGGCAAUAAUGAAGUUCUUGAAUGUUGAUGAAUUCAAUAUGUUAUUGUGUUUUUGAGAAAAACAGUAAGAAUCAGCAAAUCUUUCAGUAACUUUGCCACCGUAUGCCAUCUGGUUAUUUAUUUGCUAUCUGUGUUUAUUGAUUAGUUGAUUUAUUUUUGUUCUUUGGUGCUGUUUCAGCAGAGCAGAAUCAAAUGUGCUGACAAACAGGAAGAUUAAUUAAGGAGUGAAGUGUUCAGAAAGGUACUGAGCUGUUCUGUCUGUGGAAGUGAAUUUACUGAGAAGCAUUAUAGUCACAGCAAAUCUGUUCUUCCUAGUGUGCCAAUGACCAGGAACCAGUACGACUAAAUCUGUUGUACUAGCUGAAAAGAAACGGGGCAGAGCUUUGCAGCUUGCACAAUUUAUAAAGGUAUUUUUGUAAAGUAGCCCAAACAAGAGUCUUAGCAGAAGGGAUACUGCAUCUUUGAGAAUAUAUGAAUAUAUGGGAAAAUCUGUAUUUUGUAGAAACUUUAACAAUUCUCCUGAAGGGUGUGUAUGCUGUAUAUUUUCUACAUGCAGCCUUAUCUAUUACUUAAUGUGUAACAUUGUAAAGCACUUUCUUUACAGCAUUAUAUCCUAGCAACAAGCUUACUUACUUAAAAUUGCUAAACAAUGUGUGAUAUUUAGUACCACAACUUUAGAAGUAGAAAAUAACAUAGACUGUAAUUUAAUUUAAUUUAAUAAAUUACAUAUACUGUAAUCCUGUCUGGAAUCACUCUUCUAACAGGACUAUAGUAAUGUAGUGCUUAUUCUGUGAAUAUUUGUAUGUAUUUUUACCAUGUACAGUAUAGAAACACACUAAAUUAUUAAGCGGCAGGCAUGCUCCACUAUAUCAAACCGAAAAAAAAACAACAACAAAAAACACUAAAAAAAAUAACAAAAAAAAUAUAUAUAUACUUUUUUUUUUGCUGUGAGCAAUACCCAGUGGUAUGAGAAUUCUCUUUCAGUCCUGAAGUUUAUUUCCACUUACAGCUCAUCUGGAAAAUACUUUUUGUUUUCCAGUUUUUGUAUAAAUAUGUAUGUUUCCUGAUUACCUCUUGCUAAUAAAUCUAUUCUAUCU